CCAACCCCUCCCUCUCGGCGGAGAGCGCCCGCCUCUUCAAUUCCUUCGUUUUCCUCCGCCAUGAAUACGGAGAACUUCCUGGCGAGCGAGAGGCUCGUGAACGCGGCCUACGUGCGGCAGGGGUCGCAGGGGCGCCGCGCGCACGAGCUCCGCUUGCGGGCCUUACUGGAGCAGGGCAAAUGUCCUGAAGAUGGAUGGGAUGAAAGCACUAUUGAACUUUUUCUCCAUGAACUGGCAAUUAUGGACAGCAAUAAUUUCCUAGGCAACUGUGGUGUGGGUGAGAGGGAAGGAAGAGUGGCAUCAGGGCUAGUAGCCCGCCGGCAUUACAGGUUGAUCCAUGGGAUUGGAAGGUCAGGCGAUAUUUCUGCUGUUCAGCCAAAAGCUGCAGGCUCCAGUCUCUUGAACAAACUUACUAAUUCAGUUGCCUUGGAUAUCAUAAAACUUGCCGGUGUCAGGACAGCAAGUAGCUGCUUUGUGGUCCCCAUGGCAACUGGCAUGAGCCUAACAUUAUGCUUCCUAACACUACGACAUAAGAGACCAAAGGCAAAAUACAUUAUCUGGCCCCGCAUAGACCAGAAAUCCUGUUUCAAGUCAAUGAUCACUGCAGGUUUUGAACCUGUGGUGGUAGAAAAUGUAUUAGAAGGUGACGAGCUGCGUACAGACCUCAAGGCAGUGGAAGCUAAAAUCCAGGAUCUUGAGGCUGAUAAUAUACUCUGUGUUCAUUCUACCACAUCAUGUUUUGCUCCAAGGGUGCCUGACAGAUUGGAAGAAUUGGCUGAGAUUUGUGCAAGAUAUGACAUCCCCCACAUUGUCAAUAAUGCAUAUGGAGUCCAGUCCUCCAAAUGUAUGCAUCUCAUUCAGCAGGGAGCACGAAGAGGUCGAAUUGAUGCGUUUGUGCAAAGUUUGGACAAAAACUUCAUGGUUCCAGUAGGUGGUGCUAUCAUUGCUGGCUUCAGUGACUCCUUCAUACAGGAGAUCAGCAAAAUGUACCCAGGAAGAGCAUCAGCCUCUCCUUCAUUAGAUCUUCUCAUUACAUUGCUGACCUUGGGCACAAAGGGGUAUCAACAGCUGCUAAAAGAAAGAAAGGAAAUGUUUUCCUACCUUUCGGAGAAUGUGAAGAAAUUAGCUGAAGCUUACAACGAGAGGCUGCUGGAAACACCUCACAACCCCAUCUCCUUAGCUAUGUCACUCAGAGAGCUAGAUAAACAAAGUGGGACAGCUGUCACACAGCUUGGAUCUAUGCUUUUCACCAGACAAGUGUCUGGCGCAAGGGUCGUUCCCCUUGGGUCUCAGCAAACAGUGAGUGGUUACACUUUCAAAGGCUUCAUGGCCCAUACAAACCAAUACCACUGUGCCUACCUCAAUGCUGCUUCAGCCAUUGGAAUGACGAAAGAAGAUGUCGACGUGUUCUUGAAAAGACUUGAUAAGUGCUUGAAGGCUUUAAGCAAAGGAAAGAACGAUGAAAAAGGUUCCCCGGCACUGAAUGAAGAAGUGGUCUCCGGUAUGGAAAAGUGCAAUUUAGUCGAAGAAGAUGACCGAAAAUAGCUUAAGGAAGAUUCUUCCCAACUUAGGAUGUUCAGCAUUUAUAUCAGGGCCAUGUCAUGCAACCUGCAGUACAAUUAAUGGGGGGGAAAUAACCAAAACGUUAAGUGAUGCAGGACACAUUCCUGUGAUGCACUAAUUCCAUUUAAAUGAAUGGGAGGUGUUCAAGUUCACCAUUGGUGCUCUUGUGCGGCUCCCAUUCAUUUCAGUGAAUCUUGCACUUUCCUUUUUAUGUUUACACACUCGCAUUUCCUUGUUAAUGAUAAAUAUUGGAGCGUGGCUUUAUUUUCACCUAAGAAACCAGUUGAUUGGUUAGGGAGUUUUCCUUUCUGUAUAACGCAGGUUAUUCAGUGAUAACAGGUUAUUCUCUACCUUACGAGCUCCAUUUUGCACGUGAGCCAAAACGAUUUAACGGAAAACGGAUUUCAUUUUUAAUUCACCCAUAUUCCAAUAGGCUUUGCUUUUUUUUUUUUUACUGAUCAGACCUCUUACAGAUGGAAGCUUUAUGGGUUCCCCUGUGAUGGUGCCUUGCGUUCUGUUUUAGAGUUCAGGAGAAGCCAGCAUGAUGUGCAGAGGUUGUUGGGACUCUCAACUCCCAUCAACCACAGCCAGCAUAGUCAACGGUCAGGGACAUGGGAGUUGUACAACAUCUGGAGGAUGCCAUAUUGACUACCACUGCUGUAGUGCCUCGAAAGGGGGAUCAUUUCUCCUGUGAGCUGAUUUUAAUAUGUUAUUAUGCAUUGCUGCUUUCCGGGUAUUGGAUUCCAUAUUAUGACAGUAACACCAAAAUGCAAUUCUGAAGUCUAGAGUUAUCGUCAGAGUCAGCUAGCAUUCCUUCCACUUCUGGGUUGGCCCCUAGCAUUGUAGCACUGCCUACGGUCAGUGAAUUUAGAAGGUUAUCUCAGUGGCGUGAGAUUCAGGCAGAAGGAAAUGGUAGCCAUGGAAGUUGGGUAUAAAUCUACCCUUUAUGCGCUAAAGAAUAUAUGGCAGUCGCUAUUCUUGUUUGUAAUCUUGUAACACUAUACUACAACUGUAGUAUAUGUGUGAUUGCCAUUUAUGCAUAACAGAGCCAGGAUACUCAGUGACUGAUUCAUAACUGUUGCAGCAACAGUACUGAGUUAUUGUGCUAUUGGCACGUGGGGUGCAAUGUUUGUUUCUUGUUCUCUCUCUUGUCAGGAAAAGUCAUCUAGAUAACAUUUGUGUGUUACACAUCUGUAUUUUGCGGUCUGGCAUUCAAACUUCGUUAUAUGGGAUGUUACAACAUACAUAACUACACUCUGCCUUAUUUGCUGCAACCUUCCUGUUCCAUUUUCACUCACACAGCACCCUUAGGUGAGUUUUAAAGUGAAGCAUCAACUUUAUUAUAAGGGAAGCAAGGUAAAAGAUGGUGUAGUUCUGCCAGUGAGAACAAGACAGCUUCAAAGGUUGCCCACGCACAAGACUCAAUACAAGGUUAUUAUGCAUGCUGAAGAACCUCUGAAUUCUUUAGACUUAAGAGCUUUAAUUCAAAUAAUUGAGUUUGAUUUGUAACGGGUUGCUAUAGACAUGAGAAUAAGUAAUUACAAUCAGUGGAUGUUCUCAGGUAAAUUUAGGUGGGCGCUCUGGUCAUCUUAAUUGAAUAAAUUAUAAGUUUUUCCUUG